GCUGUUCGCCGCAUAACUGGUUGCCUACCUCCCUCGAUCCUCAGAUAAAUUCCAGCCAUCAGCCCAGCCGCCUCCGAUCGAGUGCUUCUCGACCUCGAGCCCACCCCCAUGACCUUUUUUUACGUAACCUCCCCUCCCAAUGGUAAAAUAGAAAGUCUUCUCGCAAGUGAAAUGCUCAUGGAAGAAACCAACAUGGCGUCCAGAUGCACAUAACCGUGUCUUUCGCUCCGCUCCUCUCGAUGUGAAGCCAAAUCUGUCGCAAUCCUCCACGACGGGAGCCCCCAUGGCGGCCCCGCGCAAGAAGUGAUGCUCUUCGCCGCGUUCCCCUCGCACAGGUAGUCGCACCAUGGCAGACCAGGCCCAGACCAUCGAGUACCAGUGGGCCUACUCCAUCAUGGACUCCAGCCGCGUGUCCACCUUCCUCAUAUCCAUGCUGCUGAUCGUCUACGGCUCCUUCCGCAGCCUCAACAUGGAGCAGGAGGCGCGGGACCGCGCCAACGGCAGCACCAACUGCCUGCUCAACCCCUCGCAGCAGGCGCAGACGGAGAGCAACGUGCAGACGCUGGACACCAUGCAGGCGCUGUGUUUGCCCCUGGGCGCCAGCAUCUCGCUGCUCGUGAUGUUCUUCUUCUUCGACUCGAUGCAGAUGCUCUUCGCCAUCUGUACGGCGAUUAUCGCGACGGUCGCCCUCGCGUUCCUCCUGCUGCCCAUGUGCCAGUAUAUCAUCCGGCCGUGCUCCGAUGGCAACAAGAUCUCGUUCGGGAUGUGCGGCAGGUUCACGGCAGCUGAGCUGCUAUCGUUUUCGUUGUCGGUUUUCAUCGUGUGUAUAUGGGUGCUAACGGGUCAUUGGCUGCUGAUGGACGCCAUGGGCAUGGGCCUCUGCGUCGCCUUCAUCGCCUUCGUGCGUCUGCCCAGCCUCAAGGUCUCCACCCUCCUCCUCACCGGUCUCCUCAUCUACGACGUCUUCUGGGUGUUCUUCUCGUCGUACAUCUUCAGUACAAACGUGAUGGUGAAGGUGGCGACCCGGCCGGCGGAGAACCCCGUGGGCCUGGUCGCCCGGAAGCUGCACAUCGGGGGUGUGGCGAAGGAGGCCCCCAAGCUGAGUCUGCCGGGCAAACUCGUUUUUCCCAGUAUCCAUAAUAGCGGUCAUUUCAGUAUGUUAGGUUUAGGUGACAUUGUGAUGCCAGGUUUGUUGUUGUGUUUCGUGUUGAGGUACGAUGCUUACAAGAAGAGUCAGGGCUUGACGGGGUCGAGGCUCACGUAUUUUCAUUGCUCGCUUUUGGGGUACUUUCUGGGGCUGCUGACGGCGACUGUCAGCUCGGAGGUGUUUAAGGCGGCUCAACCGGCGCUUCUGUAUUUAGUUCCGUUCACUUUAUUGCCUCUACUCACCAUGGCGUAUCUGAAGGGCGAUCUGCGACGCAUGUGGUCCGAACCGUUCAAAUCCCUGACCGUUUCGAAACAUCUGCAAGACGUGUGAUAGACUGUUGUUAACUUAAAUUUGUAGAUUUAAAAGUGUUAAAUGAAUAUUAACAUAGUGAGUGGAUGCCUGUGCAUUUAAAGAACAAAUUAAACGAAUUUUCAUUAAUAUUAUAUGUUAAGGAACAAUGUAUAGCUCUAUCGUCAAUUUCAAAAACAAAUGAUAUUAUCAAUCGUUAGGGAAAUUUUAUUUUUUACACAUUUCGAACCGAGGCGUUUGAUAUUAAGUUGUCUUUGUUAAGGCCGAGCUUCAUCACGUACGUCAGUAUUUUAUUUUAUUUUCAGAGGAGAAACUCAUGAACAAAUUCUUUUUCUGUGAUAAUUCCUAUACUUACUCAACUGA